AUGUGUCUCGCACAACUACUUCGGAGUCAAGUUUGUUCGAUGGUCGAUGCCUGUAGAUCAGAUCUCAAUCUCACCUGUGAACCAAGUUGUGACUUCACCUAUCGAUGCUCAACAACACCAGCCAUAGGCGUUGGUCAAACAGUGGCCGGUUUGUGUAAUGCCACUAUUGGUAGUGGUUCAACUGCAUUAAAAGGUCCUUGGGGAAUUUACGUUUCUCCAUUCGAUGGAUCUUUGUAUGUUGGAGACUGGGACCUUAAUACAUUUCAAGUUUAUUCAGCUUUCUCACGCAUGGGACAAAUAAUUCUCUCCGGUGGCGUUCUUCAAGCUCUAGAUAUUUUCGCGGACAGUUCGGGUACCAUCUAUAUGGCUGACGGGACAUAUAAUAAUGGUGCCGUGUACAUCCAACGAGCCGGAAUAAACCUGACAAGUUUUCCCGCUGCAGGACUAUCGACAAGUGCUUGCCUUUUUACCGGAAUUUACACUCCUUAUGGCAUAGCAGUUGAUUCCUCUGGUAAUAUCUACAUAUCACUGCAUUAUUGUUAUAUGGUGGUUAAAUGGACACCGAAUGCCACGAAUGGUACACUCAUUGCUGGAAUACCGGGAGUUCAGGGUUCGACCAAUAAUAAACUAGGUCGUCUUCGAUUCAUUCAUUUAGACGAGGCUCGAGGCGCGCUCUAUGUCAGUGACUUUACCAACAAUCGCAUCCAAAAGUUCAUCAUUGGCGGUAAUGGAACAGGAGUUCCAGCAGCAGGUAACAGUAUUGCAGGAACAGGUUUGAACCAGUUGAAUGGACCUGGAGGUAUUUGGGUUACACGUGAUGGUCAAACUCUCUAUGUUGCUGACUAUGGCAACAACCGAGUUAUGAAAUGGACAAUUGGUGCCACUCAAGGAUCCGUUGUGGCUGGCAGUGCGAAUGGUGUAGCAGGCAGUACCACUCAACUUAUGAAUCAACCAGCUGAUGUGGCUCUCGAUCCAAGUGAAACAUAUCUUUAUGUUUCAGAUUAUGGUAAUCAUAGGGUCCAGCGAUUUCGUGUUCGAUGA